AUGGCGGCCACGCAGCCCCAGCGCCCAACGCGCACCCUCGCCUCAGCCGACUUUCCAAUUGACCCCUCCUCCCCGCUCUUUGUAGCCCAGGCCGUCGUUCUCUCGGCCCUCGGGGGCGCGGGGGCCGGCGGAACCCUGGGCUGGGCGCGCAAACAGAACCCCUUCCAGCUCGGCGUGAACAUGGGUAUCAACUGCGGCAUCGUGUCCCUCUUCUUCUUCGGUACACGCGAGUACCUCGUCUCUCCCAUACUCCUGGGCGUUUGCGCUACCCCAGCACAUGCUCGCCGGGCCGAGGAGCUCGAGACCGGUAUCACCGAACCGCAGAGUAUCUCGGACGUACGCAUGAACCGGAUCUUGGAUAGCGCGAUUGCGGGCGCUGCGGCUGGCGGCGGAUUGAGCACCUUUAUUCGUGGACCACGUACCCUCAUCCCAGCGGCAUUCACUGCCGGGCUUCUUGCCACUGUUGGGCAGGGGCUCGUGAAUCAGUCCCGCGUGUGGCGUCUCGAGCUGUUAGCUAAGCGCGCGCGUGAGGGCUUGCCAGAACCCGCACCUGCAUUUGAACCCGCCGUGGAAGUGAUGGAGAGUUUUGAGACUCCCGCCAAGCCUGACGGCGAGCGCCGUGGUGACGCGCCCAUCACCAGCCGCAUGAUGGGUGUGCUCUCCCACAUCCUUCCUGUCAAGAAGCUCAGCGAUGAGGAUUACCUCGCAGGUCUGGAGAAGAAGCGCAACGAUGUCGACCGGAGGAUAGCGGAGAUCGACGCCGAGCAGCUCGCCAUGUGGACCAACGCGCAGAAAUAG